GUGCCUCCCCUGACCCCUCUGGUUGUCACACGGAUGAUCCAGGACGCCACCCAGGAAAAGAAGACGGUACCGCCCCCUCGAGCUCAGGGUAGUAGCGUCGACCGUGGAGGCUGGGCAGCAGAUAGUGAGCGGAGUAGGGUUCGAGGAGCGGAGGAGCGGGGAUGUGGUGCGCGUCGUGCCUGGCGUCCGCUUGCGCGGGCUGCGCCUGCAACAUCUGCACGUCGGCGGCGUCUUCCAUCACCCGCCGCUCAGCUCGCCUCGCCUACUGCGGCCUCUUCGCCGCCUCCCUCAUCCUCUCCUUCCUCCUCCGCCAGUUCGCCGCCCCUCUCCUCCAGCACAUCCCGUGGAUAAAUACAUUUGAUGAGACACCACCAGAAGAAUGGUUUCAAAUGAAUGUUGUUCUUCGUGUCAGCCUUGGCAAUUUCUUGUUUUUUGGAAUAUUUGCUCUCAUGAUGAUUGGUGUUAAAGACCAGAACGAUCGGCGAGAUGCAUGGCACCAUGGUGGCUGGAUUGCAAAGAUUGCUGUCUGGGUCGUUCUCAUUGUUCUUAUGUUCUUUGUCCCGAACAUUGUAAUUACUGUUUAUGAGAUGCUGUCGAAGUUUGGAUCUGGAUUGUUCCUUCUGGUGCAAGUCGUGAUGCUUUUAGACUUCACAAAUAAUUGGAAUGAUUCAUGGGUUGAGAAAGAUGAGCAGAAGUGGGAAAUAGCCUUGCUGGUUGUGACUGUGGUUUGCUAUCUUUCUACAUUUGCCUUCUCGGGUGUGCUCUUCAUGUUGUUCAAUCCCUCUGGUCAUGAUUGUGGUCUCAACGUGUUCUUUAUUGUCAUGACAAUUAUUCUUGCUUUUGCAUUCGCAAUAAUUGCUCUGCACCCCCAGGUGAAUGGAAGCGUUAUGCCUGCUUCUGUCAUUUCUGUUUACUGCGCGUACCUGUGUUACAGCAGUCUCUCCAGUGAACCGGAUGACUAUGCGUGCAAUGGGCUUCACAUGCACUCUAAGCAAGUUUCAGUGGGCGCCCUUAUACUUGGCAUGCUCACUACUGUGCUCUCUGUAGUCUACUCUGCUGUUCGCGCUGGAUCUUCCACUACUUUCCUUUCGCCACCAUCUUCUCCGAGAUCUGGCACCAAAAAUCCUUUACUCGGUGAUGCUAAUGUGGAGGAGGGAAAGGGCGAGGACACCACCGGAAGUGAACCGCGCCCCGUGAGCUAUUCUUAUACCUUCUUCCACCUUAUCUUUGCCCUUGCCAGCAUGUAUUCAGCCAUGCUCCUGACCGGCUGGACGAGCGCCGGUUCAGAGAGCGGGGAGCUAAUGGAUGUCGGAUGGACCACCGUCUGGGUACGAAUCUGCAUGGAGUGGGCGACUGCAGCAUUGUACAUCUGGACCCUUGUAGCUCCCCUGCUCUUUCCAGACCGGGAUUUCUCAUGAGCCACGGCUCUUCUACCAUAUGAAUGUAAAAGUCGUGCCCAGAAUGUAUGUAUAAUGUUGGACAUGAUUGUUGUUGCCCUGUGAAGUGGAGUAGAAAGAAGGAGCGGGCGAAAGCUAAGAACUUCGGAUACUUGGCCCAGGAUGAGCUCACUGCCUGGAAAAGUGCGGGAUUCAAAGGUGCGACCCUGAUCAGAUGAUUGCAAUCUUCUGGGGACAAGAAGUGAGGCCGCCGGAGCAGCUCCCUUGGUCGUUUCUGAUAGUGUUUGAUUUAGUUGUCUGCUGCUUGUUCAUAGUUUAGUUCAGGUUGUGCUGUCUUUUAUCUUUCUGGAAUAAUUCUCCUCUUUAUGAGGCCUUUGUCUCUUUUUCCCCUUGAUUAACGAAAUACAGCGCUGCUGUUUUCGUCAAAAAAAGAAAGAAAGCUAAGAACUUCAGAAAGUUGCUAGAUUGUGAAUGUGGAGUCAGUGGUUAUACUGAGAGUGUAAACGUAUUCUUGGUGGACUCGUCUUAUUCACUGGGUUGACGAGUGCACACCUGACAAGUUGCCAUCA